AUGGCAUCGUCAUCUCUCUACUCGUACUGGUCAUACGGCCAAGAAUGCCCAGGUGCUUUGAUCCAGCCUGCUCCAUACAGUCCUAGCAUAUCGAAACCGCAGGCAGACGAGCUCAAAGAAUUGAUUGCUGCCGCAAAGAUUGGUCCUGCCACCUACGAGAAUGGUCUGCAGGAUCGACGCUAUGGUAUUACGAGGCAGUGGUUGCAGGAGGCGAAAGAAGCAUGGCUCGAGUUUGACUGCAGACAGCUCGACAACGAGAUCAAUAAUUUCCCCAACUACACGUCCAACAUCAACCACGAUGGCACAGACUUCACGAUGCACUUCGUCGCUCUCUUCUCCACGAACGUAGAUGCCAUCCCGAUUUUGAUGCUGCAUGGCUGGCCAGGCAGCUUUCUGGAAUUCCUUCCUCUCCUGAACCUCAUCAGAAAGAAGUACACACCCGCAACACUGCCCUACCACCUCAUCGUCCCCUCUCUCCCAGGCCACGGCUACUCCCCCGCUCCUCCACUCGACAAGGAUUUCCGCCUCGAAGACUGCGCCCAAAUCUUCGACAACCUUAUGGUCCAGCUCAGCUUUGGCGACAAGGGCUACGUCGUUCAAGGCGGCGACGUCGGCAGUAAAGUCGCUCGAGUACUCGGCGGUGUUCAUCCUCGUGCCAAAGCCGUCCACCUGAACUUCUGCAUCAUGCCUGAUCCCGGCAGCAUCGAUGCUUCCUUCUACAACGAACUCGAACGAGAAGGUCUCAAGCGGGCGGAAUGGUUCCAUAAGCUCGGUAGUGCUUACGCUCUCGAACAUGCCACCAAGCCUAGCACGAUCGGUCUCGUCCUCUCUACGAAUCCGAUGGCUCUCUUAGCUUGGAUUGGCGAGAAGAUGCUCGAUUGGUCCGACGGACCAUUACCCCUGAAGACGAUACUCGCAGACGCAACUCUCUACUGGCUCACAAACACUAUCUCCACCUCCUUCUGGCCGUACCGUCAACUGUUCACACCGGGCGUCAUUGGCGCGCAUGAGAAUCCGAAGUGGUACAUCGGCAAACCGCUAGGGUUCAGCUGGUGUCCGAAGGAGAUUGCGCCUGUUCCGAGGGCUUGGGUAGAGACUACAGGCAAGUUGGUAUGGUACCGCCAGCACGAUCAGGGAGGCCACUUCGCCGCGCUCGAACAACCGGAGGUCUUACUGGACGACUUGGAACAUUUUGUAAAGACAGUGUGGGAACAUUAG